CCUCCAAUCCUUCCCUUUCCGAGUCUUAAUUCGCAAUCAAUUAACUCCUCAUUCCCCUUUACCCAUCUCCACUCGGCUUUGUUGUUUAUGGUUACUAACCCCCUUCUCUGAUCCAAUCAAAUCACCUGAUUCCGGAGGCCAAUCCCAUACUAUACCCAAUUAAACCUCCACCAACCACCCCCGGCCAAACCUCCAUACCCAAAAAACAACACUCCUUUCUUUUCAACCCAUCCAAAAAACUACCCAAUUACCGGAAGCCCGGUCACCACCCGCUCUCCCUAUAUUCUCCACAUAAAAAACAUCCGAUAACAUAACGCAUCACCCAUCAAGCAUGUCUGACACCCCCAUCCCCAUCACCACGCAGCAAGCCCAGUCCGGCAUCUCGCGCGACCUGCGCAACAACAUCUACUCGGCCCUGCUCGCCGGGCCCGGCAUCCGCAACAUCGAGGCCACGCUCGACGAGUCGCUGCGCUCGUCGGGCUUCAAGGACGCUCUCCGAGCUUACAUUACCGAGCUCUUCCGCUCGGGCCAGGCCACCACGUGCGAGGAGGCCAGAAACCUCGCUAUGCAGCGUAUCCGCGAGCACACGCGUCAGCUAGAUGGCAACAGCAGCAGCAGCAAGAAACAAUCCGCCACAAACGGUCUCAGCGAUGACCAGCUCAACGGCGGUGACGGCACCGCAGACGACGCCCUGGAAUUCGAUCUCAAAAUCCCCAAAUCAGCUAUUGAUGCCGGGGCCAAGACUGUCAUGAAAGAGUUGGAGAAGGUGUGUGAGAUUACGUAUGAGGAUGACAAGUGAUGCUUCUUCUUCUUCUUCCUUCAUUCCAACCCAUGACCCAUCGCCUGCUCAAUCUAUCUGUCUAUCAAAACUAUGGAUCACACUACAUUCCAAGAGGCCACAUGACCCUUCCACACGGACCCCUUGCAUCUGCCACCGUUGCAGCCUUCAGAUCCACU